AUGGCAGAAAAUAACAUUGCUAUGAAUCGAGACGCUGGCAAUAAUAUGUCACGUGGUCGCGUGUUCAUAGAUUCAAAUAAUCCUGGCAGGCAUAACCAAGUGAUAAUUAAUUCCUAUCCUUUUAUUAAAAUACCGUUUCCACCUACUAUUGACCCUCGAGAUUUAAUUACAAGAAAAGAUGAUGCACCAUCUAGAGCACCAAAUGCUUUUAUAAUAUAUCGCAAGGCAUUUGUUGAAGCUUCUAGAGCAAAUGGUUAUUCCUUGCCAAUGACUGUCAUAUCACAAAUCUGUUCUCGGUCUUGGGAAUCUGAGCCCGAAUUGGUUCGUAAAGAAUAUAAGAGAAUAGCAAAAGAAGCGGGUAAGCUUCGUGAUGAACUAUGCCCAAGGGUUGUACGUCGUAAAAAAAGAGAAAAAUGGAACGUUGUUUCCUUUAAUAAUUCUCCACAUUCUCUGCCUCAAAAAAAUGCCAGCCCGGUCAUUGAAAAUAAAAUUACUCAAAAAGAUAUAACCUCAUCUUCAAAAUCUCAAAUUAGAAACAUUUGUUCGUCUUGA